CGCGGGGUGGGGCCCGGCGGGUACGCGCUCGCUGCGUCGACGUGCUGACGACAGGACGCCCAGGCCGGUCCCGGAUGUUGCGGGCAGUAUGAGGCGAGCGCAGGGGGACAGGGACCAGCAGCUGUCGCCGCCGUUCUCAGGGUGAAGAAAAACCAGAAAUCUUUGCCCCCUGACUUUGGAGACUCAGUUUAACCUUCAAACUGGCGAUGUCAAGGGUUCCAAGUCCUCCACCUCCGGCAGAAAUGUCGAGUGGUCCCGUUGCCGAGAGCUGGUGCUAUACACAGAUCAAGGUAGUGAAGUUCUCCUACAUGUGGACCAUCAAUAACUUUAGUUUUUGCCGGGAGGAAAUGGGUGAAGUCAUAAAAAGUUCAACUUUCUCAUCAGGAGCCAAUGAUAAACUGAAAUGGUGUUUGCGAGUAAACCCAAAAGGGCUAGAUGAAGAAAGCAAAGAUUACCUGUCGCUUUACCUGUUGUUGGUCAGCUGUCCAAAGAGUGAAGUUCGGGCAAAGUUCAAGUUCUCCAUCCUGAAUGCCAAGGGAGAAGAAACCAAAGCUAUGGAGAGUCAGCGAGCUUAUAGGUUCGUGCAAGGCAAAGACUGGGGAUUCAAAAAAUUCAUCCGUAGAGAUUUUCUCUUGGACGAGGCCAAUGGGCUUCUCCCUGAUGACAAGCUCACCCUCUUCUGUGAGGUGAGUGUAGUACAAGACUCUGUCAAUAUUUCUGGGCAGAAUACUAUGAACAUGGUAAAGGUUCCUGAAUGCCGGUUGGCAGAUGAGUUAGGAGGGCUGUGGGAGAACUCUCGAUUCACGGAUUGCUGCUUGUGUGUGGCUGGUCAAGAAUUCCAGGCUCACAAGGCUAUCUUAGCAGCUCGGUCUCCAGUUUUCAGUGCCAUGUUUGAACAUGAAAUGGAAGAGAGCAAAAAGAAUCGGGUUGAAAUUAAUGAUGUGGAACCUGAAGUGUUUAAGGAGAUGAUGUGCUUCAUCUACACGGGGAAGGCACCAAACCUUGACAAAAUGGCUGAUGAUUUGCUGGCAGCUGCUGAUAAGUACGCCCUGGAGCGUCUGAAGGUCAUGUGUGAGGAUGCCCUCUGCAGUAACCUCUCUGUGGAGAACGCUGCAGAGAUUCUCAUCCUGGCUGACCUCCACAGCGCAGAUCAGCUGAAAACACAGGCAGUGGAUUUCAUCAACUAUCAUGCUUCGGAUGUCUUGGAGACUUCUGGGUGGAAGUCAAUGGUGGUGUCACAUCCCCACUUAGUGGCAGAAGCAUACCGCUCUCUGGCUUCGGCACAGUGCCCUUUCCUAGGGCCCCCACGCAAACGCCUGAAGCAAUCCUAAGAUGCUGCCAGUUGGGAGACUCCAUUUAUUUUUCCAGAAGCAGCAGCCACCGUUGCUGCACUGACUACCAGGUAGACAGCGCAAUCUGUGGAGCUUUUACUCUGUGUCAGGGGAAAGACUGCGCCAUGACCCAGACUUUAAAUAACUUAGGGGGACUGGGGGAGGGAAGGGCCCAGGCCUCGGGCCACUCAACCUAAUGAAACCCUGUUGCUCUGUCACCAUGUGCCCUUUGGCCUGACCAAGUUUGACACUGAGAUUCAGUUUAGGUGCUGGCCCCAAGCACAUCCCAGCAGUGGUACUUCAGAGAAAUGGGCGUCUGACUGAGUGGAACAAAUCGUCAGUGCCUGGAGCAAAAUGGAAAAAAAAAAGCAGAAACAAGUGGACAUUUAGUCUUCAGAGAUGGAAAAGGAAAGAAGAUCUUUUUUUCCCAAAAAUCAGUUUGUGGAUUCCAGUAGUAUUUAUGUUGAAAGAAGCAAAUUUUAGUCCUUCCAACUGUGGAUAUUUGUGAAAACUCCUCACUACCAUCCAAGUAUCAGAAGAGCUCUCUCGUUAGCACUUACUGUUUGCAAGAACCAGCCCAUCCUUUAUCCUCUUAUGACAAGUGAUGCGUGAUGGCAGGGGAAGUCAUCUGAUUUGGAAAAUGAGUCUUUGGCGGUAGUGGCUUCUGCAGAAAUUCUUAUUGGUGUUAAAAACUGGAAAAAAAUAAUUCAUCCAGAAUUCAUACUGUCUUGAUAAAAACUAUGGUUCUGUUUUUU